CUUUAAUUUCCUAAUUGAGUUUUUCCUAUGGAGUGAUGGACAAAGAAGAUGCUGGCUUGAUUAUUUAAUCAAUAGACGUCCAUCUCUGAUAACUUAAUGCACAAACUCCAGAGAUGGGGGACCAAGAGAUCUUCACGGAGAGCCACGCCAAGUCCAUCCUCUCCACGAUGAACACCCUCAGGAAGGACGGGACGCUAUGUGACGUGACCUUGAAGGUUCAAGGUCAAAGUUUCAAGGCCCACAGGAUUGUCUUGGCAGCCUGCAGUGAUUACUUCUGUGCGAUGUUUACGAACGAGAUGAGUGAGAAAUGUCAGUCUGUAAUUGAGCUUCACGAGGUUCCCGCCGGCAUAAUGGACGUCCUGCUGGACUUUGUUUACACAGAGACAGUCAACGUUAGUGUGGAGAAUGUACAAGAGCUCCUCCCCGCGGCCUGUCUGCUGCAGCUCACUGGUGUGAAGAAUGCUUGCUGUGCUUUUCUGGAGAAACAGCUGGACAGCAGUAACUGUCUUGGAAUUAAGAUUUUCGCUGAGCAGCAUUCUUGUCAGGAACUAUUUGAUGCGGCGAAUAUAUUUGGGUUGAAGCACUUCGAGGAAGUAGUGAUACAGGAAGAGUUCAUGAGCCUCACUCUCCAACAGGUGGAGUCGCUGUUUACCUGCAAUGAAAUCCAGGUGAACUCUGAGGAGCCGGUCUAUGAAGCAGUGGUGGACUGGGUCAAGUAUGACCCGGAGGAGAGGAAGUCCCAGUUACCACGGUUACUACAACAUGUCCGCCUACCUCUACUGUCCGCUAAAUACAUCACUGAUGUUUUAGAUAAGGAGCCCCUCAUUAGACAAUGCCACGCCUGCCGAGAUCUCGUGGAUGAAGCCAAGAGGUUUCACCUUCGUCCAGACCUCCGCACAGAAAUGCACGGACCACGAAUGGCACCUAGGGUCGGUACUGACGAUCUGCUAGUCGUGUUGGGAGGAUUUGGAUCACACCAGAACAUGGUGGAUACGGUGGAGAAGUUUGACCCCAAACACCAAACCUGGAGCAGGCUGCCGAACCUGUCAAAGCGUCGGAGGUAUGUGGCUGCAGCUUCAGUCGAUGGUAGGGUGUAUGUGAUUGGUGGAUACGACGGCCAAUCACGGCUCUGUACAGUGGAGUGUCUAGAUUUAUCUGAGGAGGAGCCAGCGUGGCAACUUGUGGCUCCCAUGUCACAGAGGAGGGGGCUGGCUGGAGUAUGUGUAUAUAAAGGUGAGAUUUUUGUGUGUGGGGGUUUUGAUGGAUACAGCCGUCACACCAGCAUGGAGCGUUACACCCCCAAAGACGAUCACUGGACCACCCUCAGUGGAAUGGCAGUGGGUAGGGAGGGAGCAGGGCUGGUAGUGGCGGGGGAGAAGAUAUACUGUAUUGGAGGGUACGAUGGAAUCAAUCUUCUGGACUCGGCCGAGAGAUACUGUCCUCUAACAGAGCAGUGGGAGACCAUCACACCAAUGACCACUCGAAGAUCAGGAGCUGGUGUUGCGGUGACCAAUGACCUAAUUUAUGUGUGCGGGGGAUAUGACGGAACAGACCACCUAGCCAGUGUGGAGUGUUUCAAUAUUCACACACAACACUGGACACAGUUACAGAAUAUGGUGGUGCCACGGUGCUAUGUGGGGGCUUGUGUACUGAGGGGUUACCUGUAUGUGGUGGCAGGAUACGAUGGGAACACACUUCUAAACACCAUUGAAAAAUUUGACCCCACCACUGGGAACUGGGAAAUUCUGGAUAUUGCCAUGACGACCCACCGAUGUGAUGCGGGUGUGACAGUUGUCAGGAAAUGACAACCACAGGAAACAACUGGAAUGUUGUCAAUGAGAGAGUGAUAACCAGUGAUGUCUGCUUCAGAAAAUCUCUUCUGUGUUGUCUGUGACUGUCCUUGCUCUGGGCGGCAUAUCCUAGGACUGAAGGAUUCGACAACAGUCUAUGCAUUUAGUGACUAACAGACAUUGACCUUUUUUUUGGUCCAAAGUGAGGCUCUGACAAUUGCGGCCAAUGUGAUAUACAAGAAUGGUAUGCUAGAAGACUUCUUGAAGGCUGAUUGGAGGAAUUCUGGGAGCAUUUGAGAGACAAAUUGUGCAAUAUACUUUUGAAUAUUCUGUGUGAAUCUAUAUCUACGUUAUCAACUGAAUUGUACAUGUUUUCUGUUUCUUCCACAGCUGUACAUGUAUGUGCAUGUUGUUGCUUACUUCCACUGUGUCCAAUUUAAAUCCAGCCAUUUGCUUGAUGGUUUAUUCAGCUAUUUACAGGGUAGUGUUAUGAUGACAGAUUAUUUAUAUAAAAAUGUUGUAACUUUA